AUGGUGUCGCGACGGAACAGGACUCUGCUUUCCUUGGCAAUCUUCCUGGGUGUGCUGGGAUGGAACGUGGCUGCUGCGGCUGUCAAGGGCGAGACGGGCGUGCCAGUGGGCAACUUGAGCGCGCAUGAGAUUGAAGAGCAAUUGCAGGAAUGCCCCCUCGUACAAGCUCUUAACCAGCACAAGGUAGCCUCAGCCCCCACCACGUCGUCCCUCAGCUCCCAGAUCUUCGCCUUCCUCUUUCCCGGCAGCCCCGCAGUCAAUGCCCUGCUGGCGACGCUCUACAUCUCCGGUCCGCCAAACUUCCUCCUUGCGCUAUGUCCGCCCAACAUCGACCCCUCCUCGCUGUCCGUCAUGGUCGCAUUCGCUGUAGGUGGAUUGCUGGGUGACACUCUCUUCCACUUGUUGCCUGAGAUCUUUCUGGGCGAGGAAGAGCACAACUCGGUCAAGUUUGUCAUGGUGGAACCCAACAAGAACCUUUUGUUGGGUGUGGCUAUCAUGGUCGGCUUUGUCACUUUUGUGGCCAUGGACAAGGGCCUGCGUAUCGCGACUGGAGGCGAAGGCGGACACGACCACUCGCACGGCCAUUCGCACGCAAAAGUCGAGGAUACUGCCAAGACCACAGGCGUCGACGUUGGCAGCUCCAAAGAGGGCGUGCGCUCGAGAAAGGCAGGCGCAAACAGCACCUCAUCCGUCCCAGAGACAGCGGAGAAGGAGAUCAAUGCCAGCGUAAGGUUGGGUGGUUACCUCAACCUCAUUGCAGACUUCACCCACAAUAUCACCGACGGCCUGGCGCUCAGCUCCUCCUUCUACGCCUCGCCUACAAUCGGCGCAACCACAACUGUUGCUGUCUUCUUCCACGAGAUUCCUCACGAGGUCGGCGACUUCGCCCUUCUCAUCCAGUCUGGCUUCUCCAAGCGAGCAGCCAUGGGCGCGCAGUUUGUUACUGCUGUCGGCGCAUUCCUCGGCACCUGUAUAGGCAUUGCAGUCCAGGAGUUUGGUGGUAGUUCUGCGUCCGCGGAUGUCCACGGCGCGGGCGCUGGUAUCAUGGGCACUAGUCUGCAGUGGGGAGACAUGCUAUUGCCCUUCACCGCCGGUACUUUCCUGUAUGUUGGGACUGUCGCCGUUAUCCCAGAGCUUCUCGAGACCGGCCCGAACAAAGGCCAAGAGCUUAGGAAGACGUUGAUGCAAUUCGCCGCCAUGUUUACGGGUGCUGGUAUCAUGCUUAUAUCCUGGGAUUAG